GAUGAAACUGACUGACUAACGAACUCCAAACAAACAAAGGACAUGUCCCUCCUCACUCGUAUCUUAGCCUGCCUGUUUGGAAUGGGCUCCUGGGUGACCAUUUGUGGGCUCUGGGUUGAGUUGCCCCUCAUCGUCCCUCAGGUGCCUGAAGGCUGGUACCUUCCCUCCUAUCUGUCCAUCCUGACCCAGAUUGCUAAUGUUGGUCCUCUGUUUGUCACUUUGAUGCACCAUUUCCAACCGGGAAAGCUCAACGAAACCACUGUGAUCUACGUCAUUGUCAGUUUUGGGACAAUUGCAAGCCUACUCUUAGCUUUCUUCUGGAAGGAGACUGUUAUUGUACAAGGAGUCGAGCGCAGCGUUUAUCUCCUGAUCCUGACCUUUUUUAUUUCCACGGUGGACUGCACCUCGUCAGUGACUUUCCUACCGUUCAUGAUGCAGCUCAAGUCAAAGUAUCUCACCACCUAUUAUAUAGGUGAAGGUUUGAGUGGACUGAUCCCAGCUGUAGUGGCCCUGAUUCAAGGAGUAGGUGCCAUGCAGUGUGUCAACGGCACUCAAAACUUCAAUCUCAGUGAAACAAUCAAUGGGUCUAUGGACUCGACUGAUUACCUAAAACCGCACUACUUACCAGCCAACUUUUCAGCUAAGGCUUUCUUUUUCUUUCUGGCAGCAAUGAUGUUUGUCUGCUUGGUAGCUUUCUUUCUUUUGAACAACCUUCCAGUAGUGGCUCGAGAGCGCUCAAGCAAUCUCAAAUACAAAGGUGCUAUUAGAAAUUCAGACUUUGCGAAGAAAAAGAAAAGUCCUGAACAGAAGCCCAUGAUGAAUUCUCAAAAUGGCUUCCAGAGGUUCAGGGGGAUGUUUGGAAAGGGAACUUACAGCUGGGCACAAAUUUUCUACAUCUUCAUCAUCCUGGCCUGGGUGAAUGCUCUGACGAAUUCUGUGUUACUAUCUGUUCAGUCUUACUCAUGUCUGCCUUAUGGGAACCAUGCAUAUCAUUGGUCUGCUACCUUGGCCUCCUUAGCAAACCCACUGGCCUGCUUCAUUGCCAUGUUUUAUGCUCAGAGGUCAUUGGUGCUGAUGGGAUUUCUGACUGGUUUUGGCUCUAUUCUUGGUGUUUAUAUCAUGGCAAUGGCAGUGCUGAGUCCCUGUCCACUGCUGGUCAACCAUAUUUCUGGAGCUGUACUAAUAGUGGCAGCGUGGACAUUUUUUGUUCUCACACUAUCCUACGUGAAGGUGAUGAUUGCAGUGAUCUUGCGUGAUGAAGGCCACAGCGCCCUCGUGUGGUGCGGUGCAGUAGUGCAGUUGGGCUCCCUGCUGGGAGCUGUGAUCAUGUUCCCUUUAGUUAAUGUGUACGACCUUUUCUCUUCAGGAGACCCAUGUAACACCAGGUGCUAAUGUCAGAAUACACUAUACUAGGAAUAUGGCUCUGUUUUUGCUGAGGAAAUUUCAAUGAUAUAUAGCACCACAUGUUGUAGUAUUUUAGUGUUAUUGAUUUCUGUGGCUGUUUUUUAAAUGUUUAAUAUAGUAAUACAUUUUAAUGCAUAUUUAAUAUAUUUUUCAACAUGUUUAUAUAUAGUAAGUACAACACUAUAUAUAUAUCAUAGUAUUUAUAUAGAUUGAUUCUAUGCCUGUUUCUGGUUAUGUUUUUAAUUUUUGUAAUUUUUACUGCAGGAAACACACACUAGGUAGAAGAUUUCUUUAACUAAUAAUUUAUAAAUAUAUAUAUAUAAUUUAACUUGUGUAUAUAUAACUGAAUACAAAUGCAAUAAAAUGAAAAGGGAAGGAAGUGCUUUAGUUAAUGAGUCUGCU